AUGGACUGCGAGAGUGCUCAGAACGCUGCGGGCAUUGACCCCAAGAUCCUCGAUAGCUAUCAAUCAGAUACCGUCUUUACUAUACCGUGGGAAAACACAGCGUACGAGCAGCCGCUGGAUUGGGAUACGAGCCAGGAUUCAAACCACAGCGAUUCGGAGUUUGCGGACUUGAGCGGAAACACUUCUUUACUAGGGCAGCCUGGCGACUACCACAGCGAUGAUUGCAGUAGCAAGCAUGCAACUUCGCCAGACAAGUUUGGGCUAGCGGAGGCCUCCGCUGAGGGGACCCUCAGCAGCACCGUGAGCCCCAAGACCUUGCCUUCCGCCGAUGAUAACUUUCAAUUGGACGAGUCAUGGCCGCCAUUGCACAUGUUCAGCAAUAUCAUGCCCGGCUAUCCGAUGGAAGGGUCUCUGCUCUACCCUUACGCCAAGGAGCCGACUUCUACCGAUGCAUUUAUUGUUGAGGAUGGCGCCGCAUUGUCGCAGGGACAGGGAUUCUCUGAUAUUCCGUCGGAUCAGUUCAUGCCGUUUCAGAGCAUUCCUCAUGCAUUUCCGUUCACAAAUGAACCCUGGACAGAACCAGUUACCAACGCCGAGUCUAUGACGAGGCAGUCUCCGGUUGCUGUUGGCAUGGGUCCGCAGCCCCUCAACAGGAACACUAAACACCUAGGCGGCUACCAGAAUGCUAUACAGUCCCUUGAGACGCGCUGGCUCGACAGCCUCGAGUCUCAACUACCUAGCAACAUGACCUCGCCCUCAUCAUUUUCUGCAUUCUCGCAGCGGCCUCUAUUCAUCAAGGACGAGGUGACGGCGCAAGAUGUGCUCCAGUACAAAUCGGAAAACUCGUCUGUAUCCGACGACAUCCCUGGUGCCUACGAUUUCUAUUCUGCUACUGGAGAGGACGUUCCGGCCUUUGCAGAUCGUCAGCUGGAAGAAGAGUGGAAAGUCCAGAAGAACGAGGCGUCCUCAGAUGACUCGCACGAACCUCAGACAGCCACUGCAUUUGUUGUGAGUGAAGACCCGGAGGUCCUCUUUUCCUCUGUUCCUUCGAGUACAAGAGCGUCGCCUGUCGCUACGCAGCGCGCACCCGCUAGGCCCCAAGCGCUUGCAGUUCAAUCCGCCGCGAUUAAGAAGCGCAAGAAGCGCAAUCCAAGUAUCGCCCUCAGUCAAGACAGUCACAAGCCUCUGCAGAUCGUACAGGAAGACGGCCAGGGUGGCUCUAUUGCGUCUGCGGAUUUUGUUUCUCCGCCCCGUGGUGCUCGUCGCAAGGGACCUUUGAGCAUGGCUGGAAGGGCCAACGCCGGAAUGCGAAGGAAGAACAAGGACACCUGCGUCCAGUGUCGGUUGAACAAGCGAAAGUGUGAUGGAAACGCUCCGUGCGAAGCCUGUCGUCCUACGCUGCACGAGCAGCCGUGUGCUCGGGCGUGUUUCUCAAGCAUUGUUGAGUAUGGAACGUGCAAUUAUAUUUCUCAACGAGCUAUUAACCACCCCACACUCGAUAAAGCCGGACGUGUCCGAUUAGACAUCCCGUCCGAGUUCGACCUAAACGACCUGCUUUCCUUCCUUGGCGAGCGACAGGGCAAAUUCAACAUUCGUGCCAGCCAAGCGUGGGGUUCUCUUUACGUCCUUGACCUGGGAGAAACAUACAAGUUUCUCCGGGGCUUAAGCGAGUACAAUGGCAAUUCGCGCUCAAAUUUCCUCGAGUUUAUCGAUCGACGGAUUGUGGAAUCGAAAGACAAGUCCAAGAACUGGUUGACCUGCGUGAAGGACUGUGAUCCGAUGCGAAAUAUCUACACCCUGCUUUCUCAAUGGAACAACAUGCCAAGCCGUGCCUGCUACAGUUUCAUUCCACUUGAAGCUGGAGGCGAAGAAAAGCUCAUGGACGUCAGUGACGAAGGACAUCAGCGCGAGAUUCUCCUCGCAGCCCAGCUCUCGCGCAUCGUUUGCCGCAUGCUCGAAGUCGAUGGUUUCCGCAAACUGGAGCGUGAUUUUUACAACAUCAAAUGGAAACAAAUCUCCCAAGAAACACACAUGAAUUUCCUCAAGGAGCUGGGCCACAUCCUUCUCACCCUCCGAUGGCGAGUAUCCUGGUGGAGGCGCCUCGGCGAUGGCGGCCGCGAGCCUGACCCGACCAAGCAGCACUACGUGGACCGAGUCGACCUGCUCUGCAGAAUCCUCUACGUUUACUACACCUGCGUCCUGGCUAAGCUACCGUCCUGGUGCGCCUCCGAGGUACCCAAGGGCAUCUGGUCUACAUACGCUGACGCCGAGAACCCCGUUUGGGACGAUUUUCCCGUUGACCCAACAGACGACGGGUUCAAAGCGUGGAUCGAACGAGGCACCGAGCUGAUUGAACAAUCUGGGGCACCCAUUCGAGUUGCGAAGAUCUAG